GUUAUGACUGUCCAGCUACCGAAGGGAUCUUUGAGUAUGCGUCAGCUGUGGGAGGAGCCACCAUCACUGCAGCCCAGUGUCUGCUGGAUGGCAAGUGCAAAGUAGCCAUUAACUGGCCUGGAGGGUGGCAUCAUGCAAAAAAAGAUGAAGCUUCUGGCUUCUGUUACCUGAACGACGCCGUCUUGGGCAUCCUGCGGCUGCGCCAGAAAUUUGACCGCGUCCUUUAUAUCGACUUGGAUUUGCAUCAUGGGGAUGGAGUUGAAGAUGCCUUUAGCUUUACCUCAAAAGUAAUGACUGUUUCUCUGCAUAAGUUUUCACCAGGAUUUUUCCCAGGCACUGGGGAUGUGACAGAUGUUGGCCUGGGGAAAGGUCGCUAUUACAGCGUGAAUGUACCCAUUCAAGAUGGCAUUCAGGAUGAGAGAUAUUACCAGAUCUGUGAAACUGUGCUAAAGGAGGUGUAUGCUGUGUUCAACCCAGACGCGGUUGUGCUGCAGCUGGGGGCAGACACCAUCGCUGGGGAUCCCAUGUGCUCUUUCAACAUGACGCCCGAGGGAGUGGGCAAGUGCCUGAAGUACGUCCUGCAGUGGCAGCUGGCGACCCUCGUCCUGGGAGGAGGAGGCUACAACCUCGCCAACACAGCUCGCUGCUGGACAUAUUUGACUGGCGUCAUCCUUGGGAGAACGCUGUCCUCUGAGAUCCCUGAUCACGAGUUCUUUACAGAGUAUGGUCCGGAUUAUGUGCUGGAGAUCACACCAAGCUGCAGACCAGAUCGCAACGAGCCACAGAGAAUUCAAGAAAUCAUUAACUCGAUCAAAGGGAAUCUGAAGCAUGUUGUUUAG